AUGCCUCCGACGCCCCGCGAGCUCGAGGACUGGUGGCUCAGCAAAGGCCGCCUCGCGCUUCAAGAAUUGCUCAACUGUUCGACACUAAACCUCACGAGCCGUGAAGUCGGCUACGCUCAAACUGUGCAGCGAAGACUGCGAGCCUUCGACGGUAAUGCCGUGCUACAUGACCAGCUGCGAACAGACUGGGAGGCGGCACACGAAACCAACGAGAUCCGCCACGGUGUGAAUCCGCGCAAGAAACUGCGAGAUGCCUGCAAUAUUGUCUUCCGCCGAACGGACGAUGGAGGCAUUGUCUAUGAUCGCGCUCUGGAGGGCUUGGGCUGGCUUGACAAGGCUGAGAAUCACCGCCAGCGCCUUCUCGCAUCAACAAAGGAAGCCAUGGCCAUAGAGUCAAAUGUUGGUGAAGUGCGCGAGAGGAUAAUUUCAGAACUCCAGAGCACCACUGCUAAACGCUACGCCCAAUUCUACCUUGGAUUUCGCGCCUCCGUGCUUAUGCAGAACCUCGAGCAGGGCGCGCAAGGCUGUGUCGAUCUCAUAAAAACAAUGGCACUUCUAAACUCGUUGUUCUCCUCGGUCACACACCUGGAGGAUGGUGUUGACGUUGCGCCCUCGCCCUGUUCCGCUGGCCUAUGUGAAAGCAUCCGCUUCACCAUCUUUCGCCACAUUCUCUCCCCCGAUGCAUUUUCCGCCGAUAAGCUUGAAGAGAUACGAAUCAAGCUCGUCAGCUGGUGCGGGUUGCCCGACUACGAACACUCUCGCCAAAGUCUUGUCCGAUACGUAGAAGAGACCAAGAAACUAGAGGAUGCGUGCUUCGAGGCUCUCGACUCCAUAGAAAAGCGCACAGAGACACUGCCUGGAUCUACCAUUCGCACCACGUCAGAUGGCAUGUCCUUGGUAUCUCUUCACUGUCAACAUGGCUCCGUGGACAAUGCCAAUGAGUCCGUCAUGGUCUCACCAGCCCCUCCAGUGCCUAAUGCCCUCCUGUUGGGGGUUUCCGGACGCGAGUUCUUCGCUGCGGAGACCGAUCCCUGGGCUUUUGGCGUCGGCAAGGGCAAUUGGAAGCCCUGUCGACCGCUGUCACAGAACGGCUUCGACGAGCACCCUCUAGCUCGGGAGCUGGACCUGACAUCCACCGAGAAAGCGGCCCUCGGUCUCUUAAUCCCUAGAGCAACACCUUGUCAGAACACGAGCCCCAAGAAGACCCCCUUCCUUCGUAACACCCCUUCAGCAGCAUCGAUACCUCCCAUCCCUCCCAUCCCCGAGUCAAUCCGGGAGCAGGGCAAGGUCUGGCAAAGACUCGCCCGCCGUAUCCGGUCCAGGACGGACAUGCGAAGUGCAAGCACAAGUGCCCAGCGCAAGCCGGUGCUCAAAUCGCAGAUAUCCGACCCUGCCUACAUCUCGAAGCGACGCGCGCCUAGCCACGACAGUACACCAAGCACACCGACGGAACCCUCGCCAUCGUACCGGUCAUCAACAAUAUCGCAGCAGUCCGAGCAGCGCAACGUACGCUACGGCCUUGCGCAGCCACGCAUUUCGCCUUUGGAGUAUACACGCAUGUGGUUGUUGGAGAGGGUCGACGCAGCCAGUGAGAACAGGUCUUGCCAACUGCCCGCCCCUGAGAAGAUCUGGCGUUGGACGACUGGGUGGGAGAGGUUUCUUGUUCUCCCUGUUAUCCCAGCGUCCAUCAACAGGAUGCCCAGUAUUCUCGGUCCUUAUCCGGGUGAUGCGUCGUCUGUGUACUCUCAAGACAGCCAGGAGACAGUCAUCCCGCCAAAGGACAUCGCCUGCAGCAAGUCAAGUCCUGAAAAACUAGAAGAGGAAGAAAACACUCAAAAUCACAACAUGGCCUACAGCCCACUUGAUGACAGCCGCGAAAGCCUCACGGACAACGUACUGGACAGCACCGAUGGCUUCUUGCAUCCAGAAGACGCUCACAGAACUCAACUGACAGCGGCAUACUCCGCGCGGUCCAUGAUUGCUGAGUUGCAGCCGGCACCUUUACGACUUCCAUCCAAGUCGGGCAAAAGACCAGCUUCAAGAGCAACCACCCCUGAGCCUACAACACCAGUCCUCUGUCCCUCCACGCCCAGCAUCCGUUCUGUGGAAUCUACUUCAGAUACCACUGUCGUGAGCACGGCGGCCAAUAGGCCGUCAGGCUUCACGCCGACCAAGAAUACCGAGCGCAGCCGCGCACCGCAGCACUCGCCCACGAUCCCAGACUACGAGCCACGCUUCAAGAUCUGUAGAUCUAGGCCCAGCAAGGAACGCCCGCCGACUCCCGACUCUCCUGCUGCAACACGUAAUAGCUGCGACCUGAGCUCUUUCCUCCUUGAGCGUGCCAAAGGCCGCGACACCAUGACGAUCCUCCCUCGAUCGGAAGCACAAUACUUUGCCGACACGCGAGCUCCUGGUACCCAGCAGCCGACGCCUGGUCGUCCAAAACACGUCCCCAUCAUGACUGCCUACUCAACCCUGCCGUCAAACAUGACAACGCGCGAGCGCCUAUCUCAGGCUACCCCCCAUAAGCCUCCUACUCCCCACUGUGCGCCGCGUACACCAUCGUAUACAUUCGGCAACCUCUUUCGUCGCCGCAACCGCCCCAAGACACCGACAACUCCUUCGCCGCACUACAAGCCGUUCGAGGGCGUCCCAGAGGAUGGCUCAUUGCGCCGUCGUAAUCGCACCUUUUCGCAGAGCAGUGUACACCCUGGCCAUCGCGAGUCACUCUACGAUGUCCUUCGUGCCAUGGAUGAGAACCCUGUGCCACCACUGCCACCAACGUCAGCGUACAAGGGGAAGAAGCCCGAAGGUCUCAAGGUGGACACGGGAAGGAAACGGCUUCGCAAGCCGCAAAGCAUGGAGUUGUUGAGCAAGAUGAGCAACGGCGGGUUGAAGGCUGCAUUUCGACGCGGUUGA